UGUGAGGCAUCUUGAAGAGGCACAGAAACUUGGGAAGGAUACCUAGGCCUCCUGAGUGCACACAAGGACCUUCCAUGGGCUUCAGGGUGAGCAAGCAGACCCCAGUGGGUCUGUGGGGCUGGGAGCUCUACUGUAGGGUUAUCUUCCCAAGGUACAGUUGCUCUCUUCUGGGGCUCCGGAAGCUGGGGGUGGGAUUGACAGGGCAGGAAGCUCGAGGAUGCAGCCUAGAAACAGCCUGACCCCGGCAGCAUGUGCUGGCUGCUGCUGUGUCCACUGGUGCUGGGGCUCAGCCUGGCAGAGGGCACCCAGACUCCCAGCGUCUAUGAUGAUGGAGAGAGUACUGAAGAAGGCCAUGAAGGCAAGCUGGGUCCCACAGCAGAACUCAAAGAGUCGCCAUCCCCAGACCAGCUUCAUCCGAGAGGCUUCCCGGGCAAGUCCUGUGCCAACGAUAGUGACACCCUGGAGCUCCCAGCCAGCUCACAAGCACUGCUGCUGGGGUGGAUCCCCACAAGGCUGGUGCCUGCCCUCUAUGGGCUGGUGGUGGUCGUGGGGCUGCCUGCCAAUGGGCUGGCACUGUGGGUGCUGGCCACAAGGGUUCCGCGCCUGCCAUCCACUGUUCUGCUCAUGAACCUGGCAGUUGCAGACCUGCUGCUGGCUCUAGUGCUACCCCCUCGACUAGCCUACCACCUGCGUGGCCAGCGCUGGCCAUUCGGGGAGGCCGCCUGCCGGGUGGCCACAGCUACCCUCUAUGGCCACAUGUACGGCUCAGUGUUGCUGCUGGCUGCAGUCAGCCUGGACCGGUACCUGGCCCUGGUGCACCCUCUGCGGGCCCGUGCACUACGUGGGCAGCGCCUCACUGCUGGGCUCUGCUUGGUGUCCUGGCUCUCUGCAGCCACCCUGGCCUUGCCUCUCACUCUGCAGCGGCAAACCUUCCGGCUGGCUGGCUCUGAUCGCAUGCUGUGUCAUGAUGUGCUGCCCCUGGCCGAGCAGGCCUCCCACUGGCGACCGGCCUUCACCUGCCUGGCUGUCCUGGGCUGCUUCCUGCCGCUUCUGGCCAUGGGCCUGUGCUAUGGGGCUACCCUCCGUGCGCUGGCAGCCAAUGGCCAGCGCUAUGGCCAUGCACUCAGACUGACAGCCCUGGUACUGGCCUCGGCAGUGGCCUCUUUCACACCUAGUAAUGUGCUGCUGCUGCUCCAUUAUUCGGACCCAAGCCCGGAGGCCUGGGGCGAUCUGUACGGAGCCUACAUGCCCAGCCUGGCACUCAGCACUCUCAACAGCUGUGUGGACCCUUUCAUCUACUACUAUGUGUCCCACGAGUUCAGAGACAAGGUACGGGCCAUGCUGUGUUGUCAGCCAGAGGCCAGCAGCUCCUCUCAGGCCUCCAGGGAGGCUGGAAGCCGAGGGACUGCCAUUUGCUCCUCUACGCUUCUGUGACUGGUGGCUGAGGAAGGAAGGGAGCAUUCAGGGUUGACGGGAUCUCCCCUUAAACUACAUGCCUUCUGAACGCUCAGGACAUGACCUUAUUUGGAAAUGCAGUUGUCAUUAGUGGAGCUGAGGUCCACAGGAGAAGGGCUGAUGGCCAAAGCCCUUGUUAAGGGAGAGCCAUGGGCCCGGGUGCUGCAAGCCUGUCACCCAGCACUAGGGAGGUGGAGGGAAGGGAUCAUCAGGAGCUCAGGGUUAUCUUUGACUACAAAGUGAAUGGACCUAGCCUAUGCUAUGUGAGACUGUUUUAAAACAAAAUAAAACACUGGAUACAGUGACACAGGGCAAGAACGUGUGA